AAAAAAAAACAAAAUACUACCAGACCACAGACAGACAAAUUGUAUUGAAAUAGAAAAGACGAAAAAUAAUGAAAUUUUAACUUAAAUUUUAAAAUAAUAAAACAAAUCACACAUUUGUAAUGGAAACAACAGGUGACCAAUUAAUAUUAGCCACUGGUGGCUAUGAUCACACCAUUAAAUUAUGGCAAGCACAUACCGGCAAUUGCAUACGCACGCUGCGUUUUGUGGAGACAUCGCAAGUUAAUGCAUUGGAUCGAACACCGGACAAAACUCGUUUAGCUGCUUGUGGUUAUCAGUGCAUACGUCUGUAUGAUUUGGAAUCUAGUUCUAAUGUGCCUGUCAUCAACUUUGAAAGUGUUCAGAAGAAUGUCACACGCUUGGGUUUCCAAGAAGAUGGCAAUUGGAUGUUUACCGCCGGCGAAGAUCAUCGUGUGCGUAUCUGGGACAUGCUGUCGGCCUCACCACAUUGUUCGCGGGUGUUUGAUUGCCAGGCGCCCGUUAAUGCCGCCUGUUUGCAUCCCAAUCAGGUGGAAAUUGCCAUGGGUGCUCAAAAUGGUGGUGUCUAUUUGUGGGAUGUCAAAUCAGAGGUACACGAACAAUUAAUACCCGAAGUGGAUGCCUCCAUUCAAGAUGUGGCCAUUUCACCUGACGGCCAGUAUAUGGCAGCCGUUAACAAUAAAGGAAAUUGCUACAUUUGGUCGCUAAGUUCCUCGCCAAAUCAAAAACUUACCACCUUGCAUCCGAAACUUAAAAUCGCUGCUCACAAACGCUACGUGCUACGAUGUAAAUUUAGUCCCGACUCUCGGUUAUUAGUAACGACCUCCGGCGAUGGCACUGCCCGUAUAUGGAAAACAGAUGAUUUCACCAUGUGGCGUGAACUGUCCAUAGACAACUAUUGGGUGUGGGAUGCUGCUUUUAGUGCUGAUUCAAAAUAUCUCUUUACCGCCUCCAGUGACGGUAUUGCUCGCCUGUGGAAACUAGAAACCAAAAAUCCGGAACGUAAAUAUACUGGACAUACCAAAGCUAUUACUGCUUUGUCGUUUAAGGAUGAAAUUGUUACCGAAUAACAUCAAGCAUUAACGUGGCGUGACAACUGGGGCAGAACCAGACGUAGGUCUGCCCUUAGUAAACCACCGUGGAUUUGUGGUGCAUUUUGUACUUUUGUGGGUCGUAAGUUAUCGAUAUAAGUUGAACAUACAUACAUAAUAUUUUCUACUAUUACAUAUUUUGCUUGAUUGUACUGCUAGAAACCGAAAACCUAUAGUUUAUUUAACUUUUUUUUAGUUUGUUUUCAUAAUUUUUAUUCAUUUACGAUUUAUUCUAUGAAUCAUUUAUAUAUAUAUACAUAUAUAUAAAACAAAGAAAACAUGGACAUGAAAACCUUUUUGUAAUUUUUACAUUAAAUUAUAAACAAUUGAAAAAAAAUAACAAUAUAAUAUUAUAAGCCGAUUAAUUACAUUAUAAUAAUUAUAAUUAAACCACA